AUGUUCUCUCGAGUAGCUCACGUCGCCGCGUCUUCUGCUUUCCGCCGCUCGCCGUCUCUUGCGCUGCGUGCGUUGCAAACUCGUGAGAAGUCCUCACUCGUCUCUGUGCUCAAUCGCGAGCUGCAGGAAGAGAAGGCCAAUUGCUUCGAAGAGCCAGAGCUCGAGCAGCUUCGUGCACGUGUGGAGAAAGUGUUCACGUUGCAGGAGUCUUCGGGAUGUAUGGACGUGUUGCUGCAGGGCACUGUGGGCGACGAUGCGAUCAAGAUCAAGUUCAAUGCGCAGGACACUGUAGAGCUCGACGAGGACGACGAGGAGGAGGACUAUGAGGACGAGGACGGGGACAAUGAGGUACAGGUCGAGGAGCCGGAGGACGAAGAAGAUGACGAAGAGGAGGACGAGCUGCCGGGUGUCCGCUUUACAGCCGAUGUGACGCGCGACAACAAAGGACUGCAGUUUGACUGCGUGGCUGGCAGCAAUCUCACGGUAGAACGCGUGCGCUACUUGAGUGACUUUGCCAAGGACGCCGAGGACGAGACGCUGUACUUUGGCCCGGACUUUAUCGACCUCGAGCUCGAUGUGCAGGACAAGUUCUACGGCUACCUGUCCGAGCGCAAAAUCGACGAUGAGCUGGCCCAGUUCAUCGCGCAGUUUGCUGAUCUCAAGGAGCAGCGCGAGUACUUGGCGUUUCUUGAAGACGCUGCGAGCUUUGUCAAACACUGA